AGUCUCUGUGCACGUUGCCACCCUUUUUUCUCCCUUUCCCAUCCCCAUCUUUCGUCCAGCCCUCCCCGCCCCCUCCCCCCUCUCGCCGCGGACCCCAUCCGCCCCCCGCCGCCGCCGCCGCCGCCGUUGACACUACCCGCGAAUCUCCUUCUUCCGAGUGGCGGAGAGGAGGCAUGGCACUCCGGAGGCUGCUUCAGGGGAUUGUCCUACCGCGGACGACGGGCCGGCAUGUUGGGGCAUCGUUUUCCACGGAGGCUGGGGAGACUAUCCGCGCAACCCUGUUUCCCGGUGAUGGCAUCGGGCCUGAGAUCGCCGAGUCGGUCAAGCAGGUAUUCAAUGUUGCAGGUGUACCGAUAGAAUGGGAAGAACAUUAUGUUGGUACGGAAGUUGAUCCCAGAACAGAGAGCUUUUUGACAUGGGAGAGCCUGGAGUCUGUGCGUAGAAACAAAGUUGGCUUGAAAGGUCCUAUGGCUACACCUAUUGGAAAAGGCCACCGUUCUUUGAAUCUUACAUUAAGGAAAGAACUUGGACUCUACGCCAAUGUCAGACCUUGCAACAGCCUCCCAGGCUACAAGACUAGAUAUGAUGAUGUGAACCUUGUGACAAUCCGUGAAAAUACUGAAGGAGAGUAUAGUGGCCUUGAGCAUCAGGUUGUGAGGGGUGUUGUGGAAAGUUUGAAAAUUAUUACCCGCCAAGCAAGUUUGAGAGUGGCAGAGUAUGCUUUCCAUUAUGCCAAAGCCAAUGGCAGGGAGAGGGUCUCUGCGAUACAUAAAGCUAAUAUCAUGAGGAAAACAGACGGACUUUUCCUCAAGUGUUGCCGUGAAGUAGCUGAGAAGUACCCUGAAAUCACAUAUGAGGAAGUCAUUAUUGACAAUUGCUGCAUGACACUCGUGAAGAAUCCUGGUACAUUUGAUGUAUUAGUGAUGCCAAAUCUGUAUGGUGACAUUAUUAGUGAUCUAUGUGCUGGUUUGAUCGGAGGAUUGGGCUUAACUCCCAGCUGCAACAUUGGUGAAGGUGGCAUUUGUCUGGCAGAGGCUGUUCAUGGUUCUGCACCUGAUAUCUCUGGCAAGAACCUUGCAAACCCAACUGCUCUUAUGUUGAGUGCUGUUAUGAUGUUGCGCCACUUGCAAUUCAAUGACCAAGCAGACCGGAUCCACAAUGCCAUCCUCCAGACAAUUGCCGAGGGGAAGUACAGAACCGCUGAUCUUGGUGGGAAGUCAUCAACAUCAGACUACACAAAAGCAGUUUGCGAUCAUAUCUGAGCACCAGCUGCUCUUUCUCUCGAUUAUUUGCCUCCCACCUAAUUUUGUUGCAUACCAGGAGCUUUAGCCUGAGUAGGUUAAGUGGCAGGCACCUCGAUUUCCUUGGGUGUUAAGACACCAUUUAAGGCUCCUGAAUAAUUCUCGCAUUCUUGUCCUUGGAAAAGUUUUACCAGCAUUGCAGUCAAGCUGAAGAAUCGUAUGUAAUAAUCAUUGGCAGCAUCAGCGCAUAUAAUUUGUUCGUUCUAGUUCUUAGAGAACAGGAUUUUGAUCUUUCU